AUGACCUCGAGGAACCAAACAGGCUGGCUUCCGACACACUGCUCUGUCAUCUUCGUCCUUACAAAUCCUUGCAGACGCGAGUGGGGUAGUUUCUCUGAAAUCGCCGUUCGACCGUCCUUUGCUUUUUACACAUCCCCGGCGCAUGCACCGAAAAAAGCCGGUCGUCGAGUGUAUGUACACCGCGUUGGGCUCUGCGUGGCGUGUCUUUUCGCCGCUGUCCGGUCUCGCCUUUCGUCCGUUCUGUUCCGGUCCCGCGUCUCUGCGAUUUCUUUUCUUGUUUCCUCUUCCAUCUUCGUGUUCCGAAUUCCCCGUGGUCAGCGUCCUUCCACGAGAGGGGGUUCCUGGUGGCUCGCCUCUGCGAUUCGCGCGCCGUUAACUCGAAGGCAGAGGUCUCUUUUCUCGCAGCGCACAUGCGGGCGUCGUUGCAGAGGAAAGGCGACAAACACACUGCCAUUCUCUGUUCCGCCUCUCAACUCUUCCCCUGACGAUGCUCCUUCGCGAUUCUGUCCGAAUCCGCCGUCUGCACUCCGAGAUGUGACCGGUAGCGUUUUCCCUGUGAAUGCAUGCAGCUUGUCUCCUCCAAGUCGCGAGGCAUUCCGCCGGAAGCAGCCCAGUCAGGCAAUACAGAGGUCUCUUUUCUCGCAGCUGUGCAAUCAGAGAAGCCGAGCGUCUCCACGCGUUCGCUCUGAUGUGCGGUGUACAUACACCCGAAAACUCGCAAUGACGUCUCCAAGCCCGGCGGGGGCCGCGAGCCUGACUCGGUCGAGCCGCUGGUCCUCGCUGCGUCUCUCCCCUUUCGCUCUGUCCAUCCCAUCUGCUUUCUCAUAUCCUCCUCGCUGUCCUUCCUCGCUUUUUCUCUGGUCUUCUUCUCUCCACAGUUCUCUCCGUGCUUCUCGCCGUUCUAGCCAGUCUGCUCUCUCCCUCCGCCGCUUGUCUUCCGCGAGCGUCGUCUUUUGUCGACCUUCUCGUUCUCUCCUCGCUCCCGCCGCUCCUCUCGUCCCUGUCGAAGACUCUACAUCUGCAUGCGCCGCGCGACAGAGCGACCGCAGCAGGAAGAACGCGGGAGAAAAAACGUCCUCAAGAGAUCUCCAGACUACUGUCUGUCCAAAACGCAGGGCACCCGGUGUGGUGCCUCAGCCCUCGUGUCGACAGCGUGUGACUCGACGCCUCUGCUCAGGUGUACGUACACCCGAGCGUCCAACUUGGCGCAUUGCUGGUCAGGCGCUCUACGCACCGCAGCCGCGUCUUUCGCUGGCGCGCGCUUCGGGGACUUCCGCGUCUCUCUCCUCCAGUUUUAUUCUCUCCUCUUUUGCUGCGAACUUCCCCGUCGGCCUCGCCACUUCCCGUACUUUUCCUCAAGCAUGUCACAUGCCGCCCGCCCCCCCUGGCGAGUCCCGGGGGUUCUUGAGUGUUUUCAAAGACUUUUCGAGCGCUCCCGCUUCGUCUGGUUGUGCACGAGGUCGCGUGCAUUCUUCCUCGUCUUUCUCUCACCGUUCUCCGUCUUCUUCCGUCCUCGAGAAAUGCACGAGAAGCAGAGAGAGAGACGGAAAGAGCGCUCCCGCCGCGGCCGCGGGCGGUGUACCUACACCUCGCAGCGGUGCGCGGGAGAGCGUCGCUUCGGCUUCCGGGGCCAGUGGCGCUUCUCUCUAUGCGAUUUUCUCUCAGACCAGACAGUUGUCUUGCGCUCACGAAGCAGAACCAGUUGCAGCGAGAAACAUAGACGAAGCGGAACAGGCGAGACGACGCGACGACGACACCCGGAGAGAAGAGGAGAGGUCGACAAACGGAGCCGCUGCAAAGUGCCAGAGAGAGAAGUCCGAAGAGAAGGACAGCGAGGAGGCAAGCGAAACCGCGGCGGAAGCUGAGGACGGAGAACCCAAGGUGUACAGACAGCGGGAGGGCAUGAUUCAAUUUGUCUUUCAGUGGGGCAUCGGUAACUCCUUCCGCGCGGUCAGCGCGAACAGAUUCAGGCCAGUGCAUGCAGCGCGGCCGAAGGAGGUGUCUAUACACCCGAGCUACUUCGAGUCCCCGCAUCCAUUUGUGAUCUGGGAGCCGCUGAACGAAGCGUGGGAAGUUUAUUUUUACGAAAAUUUGAAGAAAUCCGCCAAGCCGUUCCCCGUCAAAAAGUUCGGCAUUGCGAGAGCGAAGCGCGAGGCCUUGCUGUUUCUUGAACAAAUGAAGCUCGAAGGCAAGCUGGAGAAGCCGACAUUCUCCUCCGGAGUGGACGGUGUGACCUUUGAUCAAGUGACGGGGAGCUGGAUAUGUCGCUUCGUCGACGAAGAGGGUCGCUGCGUGUCUCGCGGAUUCGGAGCAGACUUCCACGGCUUUGAGGAAGCAAGAAAACUCGCAAUUGAAAGACAGGCGGAGAUGAAAAAGGUGGAGGCGACCGGCCUCGGACCUCGCAUGCGUCUCGUGAAGGAAAAGUGAAGAACCUUCCCUUCCUACGGAGGCAACGCGGUUUUUCUGCAUGCGCUGCUUCCCAAUCUUCGUGAGAAACGAAAACGCUCCUCUGUCAAAUCUCUCUUCAUGCCGAACGAGUCCAACUCGUGAACAACUCUCACCCACACUGACGCACUUUCUUGCACAUAUACAUGCAUUUGUCCAUAUACAUAUAUAUAUGCAUAUAUGCAUAUAUAUAUAUAUAUAUGCAUAUGGAUAGGUAAAUAGAGAGGGAUUGCGAAUAGAUCGAUAGAUGGAGAGAGGUGCUAGAACGACGAAUGAGCUUCUAAGGAUUUCUGUGAUUCGGUGUCUGUGCGCUGAAGCGCCUACACUCCUAUAAACAUAUUUUGCUGUACGUAUCACAUAUAUAGAUACAUCCAGUGCAUAUAUAUAUAUAUGUAUAUAUAUAUAUAUGUAUAUAUGUAUGUAUAUGGUUUUUUUGAUGUGCGGAGACUCUUGAGAUAUUUCAUGGAGUGCGAGGAAAGAAAGAGGAAUUCGCUUUCCCCAGUUUCUUCACGCGUUAAUACUGGCCCGGG